ACAGUCUCGUAAGUCUUAAUCUCAGCUACAACUUACCCUACGAUACCAUUCCUUCACACUUGGGCAACCUUUCUAAGCUAAUCUACCUUGAUUUAUCUGGCAAUCAUCUCUCAGGAAGAAUUUCAUCCGAAUUAUGCCAACUAACAAGCCUUCACAUAUUAAAUCUACAUGAUAAUAACAUCACUGGAUCCAUUCCUUAUCAACUUGGAAAGCUACAUUUGCUCAAUAAGCUAAUUUUGUCUAGUAACGGUCUCACGGGUUCAAUCCCUGUGUCAAUUGGAAACUUGAGCAACUUAAUCAUUCUAUUUAUUUAUGACAACAAUCUUUCUGGGUCCAUUCCUCAUCAACUUGGAAAUCUAACAUCUCUUAGGAUGCUCUCUUUCCGCAAUAACACCCUCAUAGGCUCGACACCUGCAUCUAUUGGAAACUUGGGCAGCUUAACCCAUUUAGAGCUCAGUGCAAACCAACUUUCUGGAUCCAUUUGUCAUGAAAUUGGGAUGUUGGGAUCUCUUGCUUAUCUUAAUCUUGCUAAAAACAAUCUCUCCGGUUUAAUUCCUACUUCUAUAGGAAACUUAGGCAACCUGAGUUUUUUCUUCCUCAACAAUAACAAACUUUCUGGACCCAUACCUCAAGAAAUUGGAAAGUUGGGAUCUCUUCUUGACUUGGCUCUGUUUAGUAACAAUCUUUCUGGCCCAAUCCCUACUUCUAUAGGAAACCUGACCAACCUAUCUAUAUUAUCCCUUUCCGAAAACAAUCUUUGGGGAUCUAUCACAUCCUCUAUGGGGAACAUGAAGGAUCUCACAAUUUUGGAACUUUUUAUGAAUCAAUUAUCGGGCAAUAUCCCAUUAGAAAUAGGAAAGCUCAAACUUCUUACCCGUCUAAUGUUGUUCAUAAAUGAACUUAAUGGCUCCAUCCCUUUUGAAUUUAAUAAUCUUACAUAUUUGACUCAUUUGGGAUUGGAGGAAAACAUGUUGUCAGGCUACCUUCCACGAAAUGUUUGUAAUGGUGGAUCACUUCAAUUAUUCACAGCAUUUGACAAUCAUUUCAUAGGUUCCGUUCCAAAAAGUUUGAGAAAUUGCACCAGCUUAGUACGAGUGAGGCUUGAGGGAAACCAAUUAACAGGAAAUUUAUCAGAAGACCUUGGCAUUUACCCAAAUUUGAUUUAUAUCGAUUUGAGUUAUAACAAUUUCUAUGGAGAGCUUUCUCAAAAGUGGGAGAAGUGCCAAAGUCUACAAAACUUAAAGAUCUCCAAUAACAAAAUUUCUGGUGUAAUACCUCUUGACCUUGGAAGAUCCACCAAGCUACGGUUACUUGAUUUCUCCUUCAAUCAUCUAGUUGGGCAGAUUCCAAAGGAACUAGGAAAGUUGACGUCAUUGUAUCUCCUUAAUCUGGGUGAUAAUCAACUUUCAGGUAGUAUUCCAUUGGAAAUUGGAAUGCUAUCUGAUCUGCAAUUUCUUGUUCUCUCAGCCAACAAUUUAACAGGAUCAAUUCCUGAACAAAUACAAGGGUGCAUAAAAUUAUUGAACUUGAACUUAAGCAAAAAUAAAAUUAGGGGGAGUGUUCCCACUGAGAUUGGCAACAUGCAGUUUAUUCAAAUGCUUGAUCUAAGUGAGAAUUUGUUGAUCGGAAAAAUACCACCACAACUUGGAGAAUUGCGAAGCUUAGAAAAAUUGAAUCUCUCCCAUAAUGAGCUAUCUGGUUCCAUUCCAGCAACUUUUGGUAAAAUGUCAAGUUUGACCAAUGUUGAUAUAUCAUACAAUUGCUUGGAAGGUCCUCUACCCAACAAUAAAGCCUUCAAUGAGGCCUCAUUUGGAGCAUUAAGAAAUAAUAAAGAUUUGUGUGGUAAUGCCUCUAGCUUGAAGGCAUGCCUGUCUUCCAUUACCCGAAGCAAGAAUCUUGGUGGGAAAAGGCGAAAUAAAGUUGUGAUUUUCUUUAUUGUUCCUAUCUUAGGCUCAGUGGUUCUCUCAUUGAUUGUAGUUGGGAUUUUCUAUGCUUUUCUCAAGUGCUUGAGGUUGAGGAACAAGCUCAACAAUCCAAGAGAAGCACAAAAUGAUAAUAUGUUUGCAAUCUGGAGCUAUGAUGGGAAAAUGGUGUAUGAAAGAAUCAUUGAAGCAACAGAGGAAUUUGACUCCAAACAUUGUGUCGGAGUGGGAGGGUGUGGAAGUGUUUAUAAAGCUGAGCUGCAGCCAGGUCAAGUUGUUGCUGUGAAAAAACUUCAUUCAAUACAGGAUAACGGGAUUGCCAAUGCAAAGGCUUUCGAAAAUGAGAUUCGUACUCUGCUAGAAAUCAAGCAUCGCAAUCUGGUAAAGCUUUAUGGCUUUUGCUCGCAUCCACGACACUCAUUCUUGGUUUACGAGUUCUUAGAAGGGGGAAGCCUAAAAGAGUUACUAAGCAAUAAAGAAGAGGCAAUUAAUUUUGAAUGGGCCAAAAGGGUAAAUAUUGUCAAAGGAGUGGCUGAUGCUUUAUCCUAUAUGCAUCACGAUUGCUCACUUCCCAUAGUUCAUCGAGACAUAUCUAGCAAGAACAUCUUGUUGGAUUCAGAAUAUGUUGCUCACAUCUCGGAUUUUGGCACAGCUAGGCUUUUGAAGCCUGACUCGUCCAAUUGGACUUCAUUUGCUGGAACAUUUGGUUACACGGCUCCAGAGCUUGCAUAUAGAAUGGAAGUGAAUGAGAAAUGUGAUGUUUAUAGCUUUGGAGUGUUAGCAUUGGAAGUGAUUAUGGGAAAGCAUCCAGGAGACCUCAUCUUGUUUCUCUCAUCAUCAUUAACAGCAACAUCAACUACCCACAAUAUACUAUUGAAGAACACUUUGGACCAACGCCUCAAACCUCCUAAAAAUCAAGUCGCAUUGAAAGUGGUAUCAAUAGCAAAGCUUGCAUUUGCAUGCUUGGCAACCAAUCCAAAAUCUAGGCCAACCAUGCAGGAGGUUUCCCAUGAGCUUUCAAUUGUAAGAGCACCCAUGCCAGAGGUUUUCGACAUGCUUACCUUGGGUUUACUGUUUAACAGAGUUUGAUGUAGUAUAUAUAUAUGUUUGUAAUCUUACCUUGUUUAGAGUUUAUCCUUGAUUUUGCUUUAUUUUGGAUUUAUAAAACUGUUAAGUUGUGAUUUUCCUUGUUUUAUGUGUUAAAAUAAUGUGGCCCAACAUGAUAUUUAU